AUGUCAGCAUACUAUAUUGAUGAGUGUGAGGGAGAGGGGCCAGGACCAUGUGGACCGUAUGCCAGCUGCUCUAAUACCCCUGGCUCUUACUCGUGUAGCUGUCUCCGUGGUUACCUGAUGGGUGCUGGAGGGUGCCAAGAUAUAGAUGAGUGUGCUCUGGCUGCAGUGACAGGUCUGCAGGCCUGUCAGGGGGAGGCUGAAUGUAAGAACACCCCUGGUUCCUUCACCUGCUCGUGUCCUGCAGGAUUUGUAAUCGCCCUCGAUGGAAAAAGCUGUGUGGAUGUGGAUGAGUGCAGCUUCGAAGAGCAGUGCCGCCGGGAGCUGGGAAACGUGUGUGUGAACACUCCUGGCAGCUUCACAUGCCAGUGCCAGCCGGGCUUCAGAGCGGAGCCGCCCGCCUGUGUCGGUCCUGUAUGUCCAGAGUACACCGUGUGUCAAGAUGUGGACGAAUGUACGGAGAGUCCUGCGGUGUGUGAUGGUCAGGGUGUGUGUGAGAACACGCUUGGGAGCUAUAAGUGUGUUUGUCGACCAGGUUACCAGGGAAACGGCACAUACUGCGAAGAUGAAAACGAGUGUGCAUUAGGUCGUCACGGGUGUGAUACCAACGCUCGGUGUGGCAACAUCAUUGGCUCGUAUUUCUGCCAAUGUUACCAGGGCUUCAAUGGGGAUGGAUACUCUUGUUUUGACAUUGAUGAGUGCGCACUGAACAACGGCCACUGUGAACACAACUGCACCAACGAGGCCGGAGGCUACAGCUGUCAGUGUGCAUCCGGAUACCAGCUGGACCAGGGCGGACACAACUGCACAGAUGUGGAUGAGUGCUCGGCGCUGAAUGGGACCUGUGAGCACAUGUGCAUCAACACUCUUGGGUCGUUCCAGUGCUCCUGCAAGCCUGGCUACCAGCUGCACAUCGACCACCACACCUGUGUGGACAUUGAUGAAUGUAAACUCCAGAACGGUGGCUGCUCCCACACCUGCACCAACUCUCCAGGAGGACAUGAGUGCCACUGCCCUCCUCCUCUGCUGUUGGACACGGACAACCACACCUGCAGCAAUGUUUCAUCUUGUAAGCUGAGAAAUGGCGGGUGUGACCACGUAUGCACAGUGGGGGCUGAGGGCCACGUCCGCUGCAGCUGUGGAACAGGCUGGAAGCUGGGCGAGGACUCGAGGAGCUGCGUGGAUGUAAAUGAGUGCGGGGACUUCACAAACGGAGGCUGUGAGCAGCUCUGUGUGAACCACCCUGCUGGGUUUAACUGCACCUGCAGGGAGGGGUAUGAAGUUCGCACUGAUGACCUCACCAAGUGCCAACCUGUGUGUGACCCUCGCUGUCAGAACUAUGGUGUCUGUGUGGCUCCAAACAACUGUGACUGUCCUCUGGGAUACCCUGGUGUGGGCUGCUCAGCCAUGUGCUCUCCGCCCUGUGCCCAUGGAGGUACCUGUAUGCGCUGGAACAAGUGUUUGUGUCCUCCGGGCUGGACCGGAGCAGGCUGCCACACAGCGGUGUGUGAGUUGCCCUGUGCUAACGGCGGUCGCUGUGUGGAGCCUGAUACCUGCCAGUGUCCAUCUGACUUCAGCGGUCAGCAGUGCCUUUUGCCCCUGUGCACUCCUGCCUGUCAAAAUGGUGGAAGAUGUGUGGAUGUCAACAAAUGUGCAUGUGUUGGUGGAUGGCAAGGAGCUCGCUGCCAGAUAGAACCUGUUCAGUGUCAGAAACCUUGUAAGAACGGAGGAGUGUGUGUGGGCCACAACAGGUGCCGCUGUGCCAAAGGAUUCACUGGGAGCCUCUGUGAAACAGCGGUGACCACCCCCUGUGUGCCGCCCUGCCAACACGGAGCCACCUGCAGUCCUCACAACACGUGCACCUGUCCAGAGGGCACCGCAGGCCUGCGCUGUGAACGACUGACGUGUCCUGUGGUCACCACGGUGGUCAGUAUGGCUCGAGCGGUGAGAAAGGCGUUCAGGGAGAGUUACGUUGACCGCUGUGGACCCCUGGGAGUUCAGCUUUGCACUAAAUACAGGAUAAACCAGGCACGUGUGUACCUGCAGGCCUACAGGGUGGGCUACAAGAUCCAGUGUCCGCAAAGGAAGGGCUGAUGAGCGGUGCUGUCAACAACCUGCAGGUCACGAGGACACAUCACCCAUCAGACAAGAUUUUAAACCGAAACUAACCUGUGAAACUAAAUGUGACUGAAUCAACGUGAGGUUGAUGUGGCUUCUUUUAAAUCAAGUCAAUGUACUGAAAUGAGAAAGGGGAUUGUAUCAUUAAGGCUGUCUAUUUGGUUAUCUCACUUUUGUACACCAUUAUUUACAUUUCAUGAGAAAUAUUCCUUAGAAUGUACAAUAGAUGUUUGUAAUGUGGCAGCUGAGCGUUCUACAAAAUGGUGUCAGUAUUACUAAGGUUUUUAUUGUCUGCAAACUUUCAGUGAAAGGUUGUGGUUGAAGAGUUCACUUCAGGGAAUAUUCCCAAUAAAAAAAAAAAUUCAAG